GCUGAUUUCUUCUUCAACUGCUGCAGCUGCUGCCCAGCUGCUGUGGGGCCCCAGGGGCAGCCAGGGGAGCCGGGACCCCCAGGUCCCAAGGGUGAGAAGGGAGAUGUUGGUCUGCAAGGUCUGCCAGGAACUCCAGGUCCUCAAGGUCCAAAAGGUUCUAAAGGAGAAAGAGGAGGCAAAGGGGAGCAAGGGGAGCGAGGAUUAAGUGGAAACCCCGGUUAUCCAGGCAAACCUGGGCUGCAAGGUGAAGCUGGAGCAAAAGGCAGUAAGGGCAGCUACGGCUUCCCUGGACUGAAGGGACAAAAGGGGUCCAAAGGGGACACUUGUGAGAAUGGGACCAAAGGAGACAAGGGAGACAGGGGGGAUGCUGGAGACCCAGGAGUGGAUGGAGAACAGGGUGACAAAGGGGAAAAGGGAGACACAGGGGAGAAGGGGUACUGUGGGGAGCCAGGGGGGAGAGGUGCAAAGGGAGAGAGAGGGGAAGGGGGGAUGAAGGGAGAGAAAGGCAGCAAAGGGGAGAUGGGAGCUGAGGGUGCUCAGGGGCUGGAUGGAAAACAGGGAGAAAAAGGAGAGCGAGGAAGUAAGGGUGAAAAAGGGGACCUGGGACCUGCUGGCAUAAUGGGACCUUCUGGACCUAAGGGGGUUGCUGGCAGCAAGGGGGUCCGAGGGCCCCCGGGCAAGAAAGGCUCCCGCGGGCCCAAGGGCGCGCGAGGGGACACGGCCAAGGUGCUGCGCUCGGCGUUCAGCGCCGGCUUGUCCAAGCCCUUCCCUCCUCCCAACGUCCCCAUCAGAUUUGACAAGAUCUUGUACAACGACCAAGAAGAUUACAACCCUUCCACGGGGAAAUUCAACUGCAGCGUGCCCGGAGCCUACGUCUUCUCCUACCACCUGACGGUGCGGGGGCGUCCGGCCCGCGUCAGCCUCGUCGCCCGCAGCAGGAAGGUGGCCAAAGCCCGGGAGACCCUCUAUGGCCAGGAGAUCGACCAGGCAUCCUUCCUGACUGUCCUGAAGCUGAGUGCAGGUGACCAGGUGUGGCUGGAGGUGGCACGGGACUGGAACGGGGUCUAUGUCAGCGCCGAGGAUGACAGUGUCUUUACGGGGUUUCUUCUGUAUCCAGAUGUUUUUGAGAUCCUGCUGUAG